AUGGGAAGCACCACCAGCUAUGACAGCAGCAUGGGAGGCAGCAGGCCAACUACGCCCAGGAAAGGGAGGACGUACAUUGACAGAUUCAUUCCAACCCGCAACGGUGACGAUCUGCAUGAUGCUUACCAGAUGCUGGAUGACGAGCCGAUCACGCCGAAGAGACAAAAGAGGAAGAUCCCCGCAGAUAUGGACACACAGAAGGCCGAAGCAAAUCAGGCAUUCUCUUCAGUGCUCGGGACGGAGCUGUUCGGUGAUUUGGCUUCAGGGGCAGCAGCUCGGGCUUAUGCUCUUAACGGAGGAGUGACGGGGGUUCCUGCAGCGAGCCCAGGGUCCGGACCGAAUCAGUCUCCCCGGACGCCGUCGCGUCGAAAUCUCUUCUCUUAUCAAAGCCCAACGAGCGCAAGCUCCCGGGAUCGGCGCCGUGCUGAGGGCAGUGUGAGCAGGGUAUAUGCUGGGUCGUCAGAUAGCCCAGCUGGGCUGCCGAUACUAUUCAGCGGGAGUUCCACAGCAGGAGACAUUGAGUCGCUCGACUCGCCAUUGCACAAGGCAUACAGUACGAGCCCUGUCAAAGCGGAGAGCCAGAAGUUGCUGCAGAGCCCAAAGAGGACACCCCGGACGUUGAGCAAGGUUCCAUUCAAGGUGCUGGACGCACCCGAGCUGGCCGACGAUUUCUACUUGAACUUGGUCGACUGGUCUGUGGGUAAUGUCCUGGGCGUAGGGCUGGGUGCAUGCGUCUAUCUGUGGUCUGCAAAGGACUCGGCGGUUACGAAGCUGUGCGACUUGAAGGGGAAGAGCGAUAAGGUCACUUCGCUCAACUGGACUGGCAGGGGGACACACGUCGCAGUAGGGACAAAUAGUGGGAACGUCCAAAUUUGGGAUGCGGAGACAUGCAAAUUGAUCAGGACGAUGGGAGGGCACUCAGCUCGAGUCGGGUCGUUAGCCUGGAAUGAGCAUAUCCUCACCUCCGGGAGCCGUGAUCGCAUCAUUUAUCAUCGCGACGUACGUGUCCCAGAGCAUACGAUCCGAGAGCUGCGCGGGCACCGACAGGAAGUUUGCGGGCUUAAAUGGAACUCCGAUUCGAAUCAACUGGCGAGCGGUGGCAACGACAAUCGCCUGUACGUCUGGGAGGGUCUCAUGGAGAGUCCGCUAUAUCGCUUUACCAACCACAAGGCAGCCGUUAAGGCGAUCGCAUGGAGUCCGCAUCAGCAGGGCUUGCUUGCCUCGGGUGGAGGCACGGCGGACAUGACGAUUCGCUUCUGGAAUACGCUCAACGGCACCAUGACCUCCGAGAUUGAUACAGGGAGCCAGAUCUGCAAUCUGAUGUGGAGCAAGACGUCGAACGAGCUCGUCUCCACGCAUGGCUACUCAGCGGGCAAGGUGCAGAAUCAGAUUCAAGUGUGGCGCUAUCCUAACAUGCAGCAGGUCGCGACGCUGACCGGGCACACCAUGCGUGUUCUCUAUCUCGCCAUGAGCCCCGACGGCGAGACGAUCGUCACGGGCGCCGGAGACGAGACGCUUAGAUUCUGGGGCCUGAACACGCCUAGGAAGAGCAUGAUCGAGAAGCGCAACCAAAGCACUGCGCUCAAUCCAUUCGCAAAGCUUCGUUGA